AUGCCGCUCGCCAAACCAGCCAACACCGACGCCCACGUCACAUCUCAGUUCUCGCUCAAGGGCAAGACGGCCGUCGUCACAGGCGGCGUCCGGGGCAUUGGGCUCGCAGCGUCGAGGGGGCUGGCCGAGGCGGGCGCAAACGUCGCGGUGCUGUACUCGAGCACCAAGGACGCCGACGCCAUUGCCGACUCGAUUGCCGCCGACACGGGUGUCAAGGUAAAAGCGUACAAGGCGGCUGUGGAGAACAAGGACGAAAUCACCCGCGUCAUCAACACCGUCGCCGCCGACUUUGGCGGCCUCGACAUUGUCGUUGCAAACGCUGGCAUCGCAAACCACCACCCCGCCGAGGACUACACCGAACAGGAAUGGCGCCACAUCAUGGCCGUCAACCUCGACGGCGCAUUCUACACGGCGCAGGCGGCGGGCGUCAUCUUCAAGGCCCAGGGCCACGGCAACGUCAUUUUCACCGCCAGCGUGUCGGCCAUGCUCGUCAACCUGCCGCAGAAACAGGCCGCCUACAAUGCGUCAAAGGCGGGCGUCGUCCAGCUUGCGCGCUGUCUGAGCGUCGAGUGGGUGGAUUUUGCGCGCGUCAAUUGCAUUUCUCCGGGCUUCAUUGCAACAGACAUGCUGGAUGUGCAUCCUCGCGAGUGGAGGGAGAAGUGGCUGGAUAUGGUGCCUGGGAAGAGGUUGUGUGAUACGGGGGAACUGAAGGGGGCCUAUGUCUUCUUGGCGAGUGAUGCGAGCAGCUACAUGACGGGAGCGAAUCUGGUUAUCGACGGGGGUUACACAUUACCGUAG